UGCUGCUCUGCUACUAAAGAUGGUAGCCAGUUAAGAAUCGAGCAAAUUAGUAGCUUUCAAGCAAGACAUUCAUCUCAAUAUAAAACAUACAGCGCCGUAGAAAAUGACCUUUAGUCGAAACUGACGAGACAUAGCCUACCCGCCUUUCAACGUGGGAGAAAACGGAGGACAGAGACGUGCUAACUACGGAGUUGGCUUUUCUACAAGGAAUCUGGACAACAUGAGUGGAGAGAAGCAAACAUUGUUGGAUGAAAUCGAACAGAGUUUACACUGUCUAACCAAGGACAAUUUACGAUACCUGUGUGAACGCUGUGGAAUAGAUGGCUCCCAAGUUAAAGGAAAGAACCAUCGCUCAUUGCGACGUAAAAUCAUGGAGGAAAUGUGGGAAAAUGCAGAUUCAGUGAAAUCGGAGGAGCAGGGAAUGUCUUGGUUACUCCGACUGAAAGAUGACAUCAGUAGGAUACAGGAAGAAUCUACUGUGGGACCCAUGAGUCCCAGCCAGUCUGAUGACGAUGCUACAGACUGUGAUGAGGAAUGGGACAUGGAAAACAAGGAACGGUGUCUUAGCAACGGGCUGGAGGCGGAGUCAGCUCCAGAGAACCACACCCCAGAGCAGAGGCAGAGGGGUGUCCUGCCUCUCCCACCCGCCUCCCCUCUCCCCGAGUCCCCAGGUCCUGCCUCUCCCACUGGCACAUUGGGUUUGAAGAGGGUGUCUGUGCGGCUGGUUGACUGCAGGAAAACACUGGGGCUGAGUGGAACUACGAGAGGAGGAGAAGAGAAGGGAUAUGGAGAUUCAGAUUCGAUGUCAUCAAGUAGGAACAAUGGGGACAACCCCAACGGUCACUCGCUCAGUGGGAGGGUCUUAUCAUCUGGGAAGGCUCCAGGGUUGAAAGUGAUCCAGCGACCUUAUAGGUGUGAUGUAUGUGAGAAGAGUUUCACUCAAUCAGGAAACCUAAGAAGACACCAAACAGUACACACAGGAGAGCGACCAUACGUCUGUCCUAUAUGCGGAAAGAGUUUCCUUUUUCAGUCGUCAGCAACGUCCAAGCGAAGGAACACACCCCUCUAUUGCAUCACGGUUCAGUCGUCAGCAACGUCCAAGCGAAGGAACACACCCCUCUAUUGCAUCACGGUUCAGUCGUCAGCAACGUCCAAGCGAAGGAACACACCCCCCUAUUGCAUCACGGUUCAGCCGUUACAGAUCACCAACGUCAUGACCUCAUCUGGAAUGUAUUGA